AUGGAUGAGGAGUACCACCUUCCUCUGCAGUCAGAAAAAUCUCUCUCGUACACAAUCAACCCUCAUCUACUCGCCUAUUGUCCCCGAACGGAUCUGCUUGCGAUUGUCACACAAGAUGAAGUGAUCGAAGUUUACCGCAUCGGCGGUCAACGCGCUUUUGUUGUGAAGCGAAAGAGUCCAUCAACAAAUAUCGUUGGUAUCCAAUGGAUACGUGAUGGUAAAUGCCUGGCUGUGGCUCUAAACACUGGAUUCGUGGAUAUUGUGUCUGGAGAAACUGGAAAGAUUAUUCGACAUGGUGGUGACGACCCAUUCACCAUUGAUGCUGCGAAUCCGAAGUCCAAGGUCGACCGCGGUGAAAUCACCUGUUUAGGUUGGGGUACUGUUUUGACGCAAGACACGAUCGAUUGGAAGAAACCUUCGAAACCUGAGUUAGACGAAUCGAUCAUCAGUGACUUGUGGAGCCGACUCGGACUGGAUCCAGCUGAAGAGCCACCUGCAAGUGAUGAAGAUGACCUGGAAACUCAAGGACAAGAAGCUUUGCUGAAAGAUCUGCCUCGUCAAUUAUCUUUCCUCGAUGUUGAAUCUAUAUUGCCUCGUCUUAGUCCGAUUCCAACUCGACACACUGCCAAGCGUGAUGACGAAGUAACGGACGGAUCCAACCAAGGCUUCAAGAAUCUUCACAUCAGUCUGUUCGACAUACCACUGAUGUCAUCUGGGGGAUCGCAUUUGCACUUGAUCGUUUCGCGAACAGCACAACUUCGUGACUUGUGCGGAUACAUUUCAUGCAGUAUUGUAUCAGCGAAGAGCGAUUGGACCACUCAUACCAAUCUACCCUCUCGAUUUAUGGAGAAUGUCAAUGAAACACUGGAAGAGAAAGGUGAGGGUGCUCUAGAAGAUAACCUAUAUCACCUUGCCAUGACUGGAAACUUUACCCCAACAAUGCUCGAAUGGCUACGCGACGAACUGGCUGAGCGCGGUCACAAACGAUGGGAUCAUGCCAUGACGACACUCUACACCGAACUUUCUAAGAUUUUACACACGAAUCUCCUGCCUGUUCUCGAGCGCAGCAUGGUCGUUGCGACGAAUCUUCGAGGUCUGGCUCGAUACUAUUCUGACACACCUCACUUUGAUGUACCGCCAGAAGCCUUUACUUCCAUUCUCUCGACCUUAUCAUCUCUGCAGCUACUUGUCCAUGAAGCAGUACAAAUCUUAGGCGCCGAACAACACCAAUUCCGCGCAUUCUCGAGAUGGCUUAGACAUCAGAUCGAUCUCGCAGCCGCAGAUCCCGAGUCUCUGAGUGCAAAAGAUAUGGCCGAGAGAGAAACACCACAACUGGAUCUUCCCAACACACUUGCCUACCUCGAAGGCGGAUUAACAAAGUCUCGACUGAAACCCAUUGUGUUUUCUACAGCUGAGAUUGAC